AUGUUUAUUUUAUUGGGUAUCAUGACAUAUUUAAAUGAAUAUAAUAGAAGAUCUUAAUUUUUACUGAGCAAAUAAAUAGAAACACAGAAGUAAAAUUUGUUUAUAUUUUAGAUCGAUUUUAUAUGAGUUUACAAAUGAUUCUUUAUUUUCUAUUAUGUACGAUGAGAAUUCAAGAAGCUUUCAACUUUCAUUUGCUAAUAAGAAGUUCGAAUCUAUAUAUAAAACCAAUUUAGAUGAAAAUAAUGUUAAAGAAUUUUUAAGAAGCUAAUCAAUAAUAAAUCGAAAUAACUAAAGUUCAUAUAGAAGUUUAAAUAAAUAAAUACAUAAAACAAUAAAUUUAGAAGAAUAUCUCUUUGAAUUGAUUUAACAGAAGGAAGAUUAUUUCAACUAAGAUAGAUUCUAAAUUGAAACUAAUAAUGGAAAAGAAAAAUAUUUAAUUGACAUUUUGAAAUUUGAAAAUCAUUAAACUCAUUUCUUUCUCUCUAUUAGAGAAAAUUAAGCAAGACAUUAAAUUGAAAAAUACGAAAAUAAAAUAAAAUGUUUAAAUACGAUUUUUAUUUCUGUAAUUUUAAUAAUUUCGCAUAGAUUAGAAAGAUUAUAUAAAUAAAUACUAAAACUAAAAGAUAAUCUUCAAGAGAGUUCUGAUCUCAUUAAAGAAUAGCAAUGCAACAUCUAAUAUUCUCUAAUAUAUUUAAAAAAUUAUAUGAUUUUCUUAUAGAAAGAAAAAAUGUCAUUUUUAAGAUAAUAAUUUGACUAAUUUAAAGUACGAAAGUUAAUUGAAGCAUUGUCUGAAUACUUCCAUCAUUAUAGUAAAUUAUACCAUAAAUAAUUUUAAUUUGUUUACUUGAGCGAAGUAGACUUUUAAUCAAUAUUUUUAAGUACGAGAUUAUUAACUUAGCUUUUAAUCAAUAUUUUCAAUAAGAUUUUAACGAUAUCGGAUGAGAAGAGUUCUAUUUAAUUAUAAAUUGAUAGAAAACUAAUACAAUAUCAUUUGUUAAAUGCUACAAAUUAAACUAGCAAUUAAGAAAUUUACUUAAUGUAGUUUUCUUACAUUUUUGUACACAAAGAUCUUAUAGACAAUUUAGAAUUCUAAUUUUCUUAAUCAAUUAAUUUAGAUUGUCAACAAUCAUUUUAAAUUGAAUGUGUUGUGAAUUAAAUUAUUUUGAAGAUACUAAGCCCUUACAGCUCAAUCUAGAUUUCAUCCAUUUAUUAAGAAAAAUUAAAAAAUCACAGGACAACUUUGAUAUUUUAUAUAUAUACUGAUUAAACUCAAUUGGAUCCAUCUUUUACUAAAUAUGUUGAUUUAUAUAAACUUUGA